UGCAGCCGGUCGGAUGAGAUGCGCAGUGCUGUCUGGACUCUGCCCGGCGCAACAGCUAACAAAAUUUCGAACGUUCCCCGGCCGACUGUGUGACCACCGACCACCAUCCCGCCCACAUUCAACACGAAUUUCGUUCCGAUAUCUACAAACCAAAGUGUUGGAUUCAUUUUUUUGUUUUGUUUUGUUUGUUUUUUUCAAGAAAAAAACAAACAAAGAACCUUCGAUAUCAUUCCGAUUGAUUUUGGUUUUUUGCGUCAUCAUUCCGAGGGAAGUAACAAGUGAAACGUGUAUGUGUGUGUUAGUGUGUUACUCUGUGUGUGUGUGUUUGUGUGUGUGUGUUAAAUCAUCAGGAGAAAGAAACAAAACAAAAAAAAGGAGGGGGGGAAGGGGGAGAAAGAGAAAUCAAGUUUGCGUGAGUGUGAAAGCACGGCCGAUUUAAUGACACGCGCAUAUGUUAUAGACGAUUGUAAUCGUGGAUGAAAAUCAAAUAGGAAAAAAAGAAGCCGAGCAGACGCUAUAUACAGAGAGAGAGGGAGAGAGAGAGAAGCUCCUUGUGCGCGUGUUAUAGACGUGUGUCAGUUGUUUCAGUGAAUUAUAAUCCGCUUUGUUCUUGGAGAAAGAAAGAAAGAAAGGCUGAUAAAAGUGUUGUGCAGCACGGAAGGCCGCGUCUUUUGCUGCCCAGCAGCACGUGAUGUCCAUCAAUUGAACGUGAACAUUGAAAGAAAAAAGGCGGGAAGAAAAAAUUCUUUUGGAAAUUGAAGAAACAAAACAACAAAAUUCGUGCAAUUGUUUAAAAAUCAAAUAAGGAAAUCAAAUUAAAAUAAAAAAAAAAAGCUGAUCGAUGAUUAUCGGUCCGUCAGCUGCUGGAGGCAUGUCCGACUUGGUGGCACAUCAUCAUCACAUGUCCGGAUUUGCCGCUCAUCACCACCAUCACCACAUGGGGUUAGGUGGCAUGAUGGCCGCUGGAAUGAUGCCGGGAAUGUCUUCGACAUCGACGGGAAUGACAGUGCAACCGACCAGCCAAUCGCCAACCUCGUCCAACAACAACAACAACAACAACAACAACAAUUCGUCUUCCAUCGGUGGCACUUCUUCUUCUUCUUUGAGUUCAACCGGAAACGGAGGUCUGCCUUCGUUCGGCUUCACGCAGGAGCAGGUGGCCUGCGUGUGCGAGGUCCUCCAGCAAAGCGGCAACAUCGAACGGCUGGCCCGUUUCCUCUGGUCGCUGCCGGCCUGCGACCAGCUGCACAAGAACGAGAGCGUCCUCAAAGCCAAGGCCGUCGUCGCCUUCCAUCGCGCCAACUUCAAAGAGCUCUACAAACUACUGGAGACACACCCGUUUUCGCCGCACAAUCAUCCGAAAUUACAGGCCCUGUGGCUCAAAGCGCAUUACAUCGAGGCGGAGAAGUUGCGCGGACGACCGCUGGGCGCUGUGGGAAAGUACCGCGUGCGAAGAAAGUUCCCGCUGCCGCGGACGAUCUGGGACGGCGAAGAGACGAGCUACUGUUUCAAAGAGAAAUCGCGAUCGGUGCUGCGCGAUUGGUACGGCCACAAUCCGUACCCGUCGCCGCGCGAGAAGCGCGAACUGGCCGAAGCCACCGGUCUCACCACCACCCAGGUCUCCAACUGGUUCAAAAACCGGCGGCAAAGAGACAGAGCUGCCGAGCACAAAGACAGAGUUUCGGGAGGAAGUUCGGCCAAGGACGGCGGCGACGGCGCCAACGACGCGUCGGCCCUGGACGAAUCGGGAUCCGAGUCACUGGACGGCGAUGGUCCUGACGUUGUCAUGGCGACGUCUUCGGCGUCGGCGCGUCACUCGGCCGCCCUUUUAGACACGCCCUCACCGCCGCCCCCUCAUCACAUCCAACAUCACCACCACCACCACCAUCAGCAGCAACAACAGCAACAACAAAUUAACAACAUGGCUGCCGCUCUGGCCAACUCCUUGCCCCAUCACAACAGCCAGGACUCGCUGAUUGGUGGCGGCGGUUCGAUCGGCGACUUGUAUCCCGACCUGAAAUUAGCAUCCGUCUAUCACGCGACCAGCCACCAGUUGCAAAUGGCGUCGGCGGCGGCCGCGGCCGCUGCAGCCGCCGCCGCAGCCGCCGCCUUCGGAUCGCCUCAUCACGUCACUUCGCACCAUCAUCCGCACGCCGAUUUGGCUCACUCGCUGUUGCAGCAGCCGACGUCUCAAUCACACGACUACAAUCCGCACGUCAGUUCGUGACGAUCGCAACUUUGAAAAUCCUUUUUUUUUUUUUUUUUUAAUUAGAUUAAAAUUAAUGUUUAAAUUUUAUAUAAUUUUUUUUUGGUUUGGCCUCUGUCUAAUAAUUUUGAAUUCAUAUUCUUUUUAUUUUUCAUAAUUUCCAAUUCGAUGUUUAAUGAAAUCGACAUGUCCUUUUCCUCUCUUUUAUUUUAUUUUCAAUUCAGAUUUUUUGAAUUUGCCAUCGACUACAUAUUCCAUUCCAAAGUGUGUGUGUGUGUGUGUGUGUGUACAAUAACGAAACAUAAUAAUUUUAGUUUUUUUUAUAAUUUUUGUUUUUGCUUGAAGGGGGAAUUCAAAAGGGAAUUGUUAACAAUUUAAAAACAAAGGAAAGACAGAAAACCCAGUGAUGAUUCUUUAAAAUGUUGUAGAAAUUCUCUCUUUGUGUUCCAAUCCACUUCCUUUUCUCUAUAAUCAUUUACACACGCCUUUGUAAUACUAAUGACCCACUACACAACAGCCUCUAUAAAUGACGCAACAGCCUCUGAUUUCCCUUGUUUCUUCCGACCACAUUUUUUUUUUUCGCUUUCUGUUUCUUUCUUCCUGGUCAGACACAAAAAAAAAAACAAAAUUAUAACAAAAAAAAACAAGUGAUUGACUCGUUCAUAGACUAUAAUUUGAAAUUCUGUCCCUCCUUUAAAAAAAGAAAAAUAAUAAUUAAUUUUUAUUUUUUCGCGGUCCAAUAGAUGUGGGGUUCAUUGAAAUUCUCGUGUUUUCUCUUUUGUCUUGUUAUACAUACGAAAAAAACAAAAACAAAACAACAGUAUAAUUAAUAAUUACAAUCAUUUUUGUCUCCAUCA